AUGGAGGCUUUGGACAGAGACAAGAUGGAGGCUUUGGACAGAGACAAGAUGGAGGCUUUGGACAGAGACAAGAUGGAGGCUUUGGACAGAGACAAGAUGGAGGCUUUGGAGAGAGACAAGAUGGAGGCUUUGGACAGAGACAAGAUGGAGGCUUUGGACAGAGACAAGAUGGAGGCUUUGGACAGAGACAAGAUGGAGGCUUUGGAGAGAGACAAGAUGGAGGCUUUGGACAGAGACAAGAUGGAGGCUUUGGACAGAGACAAGAUGGAGGCUUUGGACAGAGACAAGAUGGAGGCUUUGAAGAGACAAGAUGGAGGCUUUGGACAGAGACAAGAUGGAGGCUUUGGACAGAGACAAGAUGGAGGCUUUGGACAGAGACAAGAUGGAGGCUUUGGACAGAGACAAGAUGGAGGCUUUGGACAGAGACAAGAUGGAGGCUUUGGACAGAGACAAGAUGGAGGCUUUGGACAGAGACAAGAUGGAGGCUUUGGAGAGAGACAAGAUGGAGGCUUUGGAGAGACAAGAUGGAGGCUUUGGAGAGACAAGAUGGAGGCUUUGGACUGA